AGAACUUCUAACCAAAGAUGGGUGCUUAAUUUUGAUGCAAGUCCAGUUCAUGCAGUGAUGGGCCUGUGAAUAGAAGUGGUUUUGGAGGUCCCUUGCAGCUGUGUUUGGAGUUCACUUUGAGUGGAGAGAGAAAAUGGACUCGCAGGACCUAGCAGGAAAAGGCUGUCCCGCUGCUUGGGUUAAGAACUGUGGGGAGCUUUGGAGAAGAACGGGGCAGAACUUGCCAAAGGAAGAGAACUUCCCUUGGGAUGCACCACGUCAGCACUUCAGGAGCGUCCACUACCAGGAGACCUCGGGGCCCCGAGAGGUUUGCAGCCAGCUCCACCAGCUUUGUUGUCAGUGGUUGAAGCCAGAGAAGCACAGCAAGGCUGAGAUCCUGGACCUGGUGAUCCUGGAGCAGCUCCUGGCCAUCCUGACCCCGGAGCUGGGAAGCUGGGUGAGGGAGUGUGGAGCAGAAACCAGUUCCCAAGCGGUGGCCCUGGUCGAAGGCUUCCUCCUGAGCCAGGCGGAGGACAAGAAGCAGGGAGAGCUGCAGGCGUUCCCGAUGCAGGUGCCCUUGGUGGAUGUGGUCGCUGAAAGGCCCAAACCAAGGGUGCAUCUGUCUAAACCCUCCCAGGAGCUGCUCUUGGGGGUGACCUCUCCAGAGGAUCAAGCUCAGGCCACGUCACCAGAGAACAGAACAACGUUGCUGGAUCUUGUGGAAACAUCUCCUCUUCAUGCUGAAGCAGAAACUACAGAUAUGAUCCCAGCUCAGGGUCCUGUGUCCUUCAAGGAUGUGGCUGUGUGUUUUACCGAAGAGGAGUGGGCUGCCCUGGAUUCUGACCAAAAAGCUCUGCAUGAAGAAGUCAUGCUGGAGAAUUCUAGGAACGUGGCUUCUCUGGGUUCUCCUGAUGUGGUCUUUCUCUCAGCUUCAGCCCACUGA